ACUAAUGUCAGCGUCACGUAACUGCAAAAAGAAUGAUAAAGAAUUGAUUACGUACUGCUCCAGAUUUAGAAAUUUCUAAUGAACUUUGUUUGGCGAAUUGAAAAUGAAUAGACAGCGUUAAGAAAAUUGCUUUGCUCUCCUAGAUAAUUAGUAUAGAUCGUUAAGGAAAGAGGCUGAAGACAGAUAGUAUCUAAAAUAUAAUUCCGUUUUAAAAGUGGAAGAAUAUUUUUUAAAUAUGGAUACUGGAACUGGUCAGAGUAAAAAGCAAAUCCGUGUGGGUUUCUAUGACAUAGAAGGAACUAUCGGUAAGGGAAACUUUGCCGUGGUGAAAUUAGCUAGGCAUAGGAUCACCAAAACCGAGGUGGCAAUCAAGAUAAUCGAUAAGACACAACUAGAUCCUACUAAUCUGGAAAAAGUUUAUAGAGAAGUUGAAAUAAUGAAGCAACUAGAACAUCCUCAUAUUGUUAAAUUAUAUCAAGUUAUGGAAACUAAAAAUAUGAUAUAUAUGGUAUGUGAAUACGCAAGUAAAGGAGAGAUAUUCGAUUACAUAGCACAAUAUGGAAGAAUGGGAGAACCACGGGCUCGGGCAACGUUUGCCCAAAUCCUAUCCGCUGUUGAAUAUUGCCAUGCGACAGGCAUAGCUCACAGAGAUUUGAAGGCUGAAAAUUUGCUCUUAGAUGCUCAAAUGAACGUUAAGAUCGCAGAUUUUGGUUUUAGCAAUAGAUUUGCACCAGGAGAACGAUUAAGUACGUGGUGUGGAAGCCCUCCUUAUGCUGCUCCAGAAGUAUUUAGAGGAAAACAUUAUGCUGGUCCAGAAAUUGACGUUUGGAGCUUAGGCGUUGUGUUAUAUGUAUUAGUAUGCGGUGCACUGCCCUUUGAUGGAUCUACUCUUCAAUCUUUAAGAGAUCGCGUGUUGAGCGGUAGAUUUCGUAUUCCAUAUUUUAUGAGCACAGAUUGCGAGAGUCUUAUACGUAAAAUGUUAGUUUUGGAACCUGCGAAACGAUACACGAUUCCACAGAUCAAAAGGCAUCGUUGGAUGGCAGGUUCAGCAGAUACUGUUUGCUCUGCUAUUAUAACGAGAUCAUCACCGUCUAUUCAAGAACCUAAUGAACAAAUACUUCGACUUAUGCAUAGUUUAGGCAUAGAUAUUACACGAACUAGACAGUCGUUAGGAAAUAGCAGUUACGAUCAUCACGCUGCUAUUUAUUUCUUAUUACUUGAAAGAUUAAAGCAACAUCGUGUUAGCAGUACGACGAAUAAUAUUUGUUGGCCCACAGUUGCUAGAUCGAAAGAAGAUAAAUUUAAGUCAAGAACAAGGGACGAUGUAAGCAGAGGAGGUAAACGGUUCAGUUCAACGAGCUCUUCGACCGAUGAAGGUUGUUGCAGUGCAGAAGGAGAUCUAGAAGAAGGACCAAGCGGUGACGAGUUGAGAGAAGCACAGAUUAAAUUAGAAGAGCACAGGCUUGGCCUAGACCAUGACAUCAGCCAACGAAUCGACAGUCAAAUUGUCAAUCGAAGAUUAAGCGAUUACCAACAACAUUUUGAUAGUCCACUUAUGGAUCCUAUUGAUCCUCCUAGUCGAACGACGUUGUUUCUUGCUGGUGGUAGCGGCAGCUCAUCGUCCGAUCUUUUCGAAUCUAGUUUUGAUUCUGGUUGUCCACCAGAUUAUACAGGGGCAAAUUGUUUUACUAGUAGUUUACCUUCUUGCACUCCACCGCCACCUAAAAGUCCCUCUCCGAUAACUGGUAGAAUAUCGCGAGCUUCACAAGGACGCAGAGCAUCCGACGGUGGACCAAGAUUACUUUUUUGUCAGCAAGGAGGUGGUGAUAGACCUACUACAAGGCAACGAAGUAUUCAAGAUUCAGGUAAAGCAAAGGGUCAUUUAGAUCUUGUACAUCUGAGACCACCCUCUACGCCACCUCAAAAUCAACCGCAAUUUAAAAUCCGCGGAGAUUCCGGUACCCAGUUACAACUUCUGGUACAACAACGUAUGUUACAACAGAAACGAAAUUUAUAUCACAGACACCGUGCCGGUGGAAGCCCAACUCCGAUUCCAGUAUCAACCAAUACUACUAGUAGACGUAUCGAUCAUGUAUCGCGACAAGAUAGUUAUAAAAUGGCUCAGAGAACGCAAAUAUUACCACCUUUAUCUCAGGGACACGUCGAUCCUGAUUUUGAUAGAGAUAGGAAGCGAGAAGAAGAAAGAUGGAAGAGCUUACCAUCUCGCUUAGCGGCCGAUUGUCAGUUAGCUGAACGGACGCUCUUAUGGAGUCAACAGGUCGGACUAGGUGGAGGGGCAUCAUACUUGCCACCCGGCAGUGUUGGGGGGUUCUUGUGGCCCACUACGAACAACACGCAUUCAACCAUUUUUGAAAAUGCUGGGGAUCCAAUGGAAUGAAUAUCUGUCCUGUUGUAUUUAGUAAUAACUUAGAGAUUUUGAGUCUGUAAAGCUAGAUUAAGAGACACAACCAUAUAAUAAACAAUAUUGCCUUCCUAGUCUUUCCACAUAAUAAUGUUAUAUUAGUCUUAUUGUGUACAUUUGAUCUUAGAUUUCAAGCAUGGAAUACUGACGUAUACACAUUUCUUUAUAGUAACGCUUUUACGUUAAACAAUAUUGUAUUCUAGCUUACACACCCAGAAUCUCUAACCACGUGGAUAGUACAUGUUACUGAAUGUCAAAAAUUUAUAUGGUUUUUAUAAGCUCUUUCUUAGAAUAUGUCAUUAUCUGACAACAUUACAAUUAUCCUGUACACACAUAUCUAACGUACAGGGUUAAUCUUUUUAUGCAAAAUGCAAUAAUUAUAAAUAAGAUAUUAAGAUUGAUUUAAAAAAUCUUUGUCAUACAGUAGCAUGUGCGCCUGCCUUAUUACAUGACUGAUCCGAUCAGUCGUAUAUCCAAUUAUAUCAUAGACUGAUAAUUAACAACAAUAAACACCAAUCAAAUUCAUUUUGGAAGAUAAGCGGCAUAUGUCUUCCUUCGUGAAUGUUACUACUUUGAUAUUUCGGUUGAUUGGCUAUAGCAGGCAGAGUAUUCAAUUGCUUAUUCUUUUAGGAAUUAUUUGUAUCACACAUAUGACAACUCUUAUCAAAUUUUUAUCGUAUAAAUGUUACCAAUGAUAUUCUCUACUGCCACUGAGUGAGAAGAACGCAAGUGUUCAAAUCAAUGACAAGGUAUUAUAAACGUCUUCUAGUGUAAGCUAUAGGAAUGUAGUAUUUACUUUUUCAAUGGAAAAAGUAUUAAUACGAAUGAAUAAAUUAAAAUCGUUACAUCGAUAUAAAAAGGAAGACAUAUGCUGCUUUUACAUUUUCUUUUUUCUUUUUUCUUUUUUUGGACUAAUAAAAGAGAGUGGAAAUUACAAUAGGAAUACAAUUGUUCUUAAAACACUUCGUUGUUGUUGUUUUAAUUAGGAGAAGUAUUUUAAUAAUAUUGAAUGUACAAAAUUAGAAUAUGUUCAAUCCUUCCACUCUUUUUAAUGGUGCAUACGUUAUGUUAGGAAAUAAUCAUAAUAACAAAGAAAACAAUAAUACUAGUGGUAAAAUGUAGUUGGCAUGUAAGAAUAUGAAAGAAGUGCUGCAUUCUGUAAAAAUGUUUAACAGAAGUCAUUAAAUAUAUAUGCUUUACAAAUUCAUGCAUGAACUGUUAUAAGAGACCAGACUUAAGAUGCUUUGCUUAGUAAUAUAAAAAAAAGAAAAGAAACCAAAAAAAAAAAGAAAAUUACAAGAA